ACAAUGUUGUAAUUUUCUUGUAUUGGUUGAACCAUCAUUAUAUCAGGAUUAAUCAUGUUACCUCUAGUAUAUGCACCACCACCUGAACUGUUUUCAAAUUGUACUAGGAUAAUGAGAUUUAGAUCAUUUAUACUGUUUUCUUUAGUUACAGUAUGCCGUUUAUGGUUAUAGUUUGUGUUGGGCCAUGUGUCUAGUGUUGGCCCAUUAACGUGUACAUAUAUACUAGAAGUGUGUGUGGUGUAGAGUUAGAGCUGUAUGCUUCCACAUUCCAGAAAAAUCCACAUGGUACCGGAGCCAGGCUCAACGGCGAUGGCGUCGCGGUGAGGAGUGUCUUCGGCCUCGACGGAGAAGACCACCGAGAAGGAGAUCAGCGACGGCCGAAGGAGGCCGCCGAGGCACACGAGCGGUCGAAGGAGGACAAGGGCGACAAGUGGCACCGCGUGGAGCGCAGCAGCGGCCAGUUCGUGCGGCGCUUCCGCCUGCCGGAGAACGCCAAGACGGAGGAGGUGAGGGCCGCGCUGGAGAACGGCGUGCUCACGGUCACCGUGCCCAAGGCCGAGGUCAAGAAGCCCGAGGUGAAGAGCAUCCAGAUCUCCGGCUGAAGAAGACAGGAGGAAGAGGAGGCGCUCCUGGUCCUGGCUUCUAGACGUUGUGACCCAGAUCUUGACGCAGCUGCCCAAGUAGUUUCCUAGUUAUUAUUACAUAUAUAUUAUGGGGGAAAAUCAAGGAAUUGAGCAGGUUCUUGGUAAAUUGGUCGAAUUACUGUCAGCAAAAAGGGAUGAGGCUCCAUCAUCAAUUAAAGACAAUGUUGCUCAUAUAGAACCAGUUCAGAAGAUAGACCUAAUGCCAAAUGAGAUUAAGUUAGAAGGGGUGAAAAAUUAUUUGGCAUGGUCUAGAAGAGCAUUGCGAUUAUUGAAGGCAAAGAGACUCGAGGGCUAUGUUAAAGGAGAUGUCGUUGAGCCCAAGGAUAAGUUAAGUGAUGAAUGGAAAGACUGGGAUGCUAUAAACUCUUUAGUGGCAGCGUGGAUGUUGAGUUCUAUGAUUCUAGCAAUUGCUAGCACUGUUGAUACAAUCAUAAGUGCUGCAGAAAUGUGGAAAGCACUUGAAGAAAUGUACUCGGGAGCUGGAAAUGUUAUGUUGAUGGUGGAGACUGAAGAUCGCCUCCAUAAUAUCAAACAGGGGGAGCGAUCUGUGGCGGAGUACGUUCAGGAGUUACAAUGUUUAUGGGCUGAUGUUGAUCAUUAUGAUCCUAUUGAGCUACCACACUCAGAGUGUGUUGCUUGGGCGAAGAAAUGGGUGGAAAAAAGACGUGUACUUCAAUUGCUAAGGGGGCUAAACUCAGAGUUCGAGGGAAGACGUGCCUCCAUGUUUCAUCAAUCCACUCUUCCUAGCCUACAAGAAGCCAUAGCUGCCAUAUCCCAGGAGGAGUCAAGACUCAAAGUGAUGAGAGAAAGUUCUCAAACGCCGCCUCAUCCUGUGUUUUCAGCUAUGAGAACCAAAGAUACUAGAGAAUGUUACAAUUGUGGUGAUGUUGGACAUAUUGCACGUAAUUGUUCUAAGCCUUCCAAAGUUAAUCGUGGGAGAGGAAGAGGGGCUCCUAGAGGCGGCAGAGGUCGUGGAGGCAGGAGUUGGGCAAGGGCGAAUGCAGCAACUACACAAGAAGAACUUGAAACAUUUAUGGAACACGAAGAUGAAACAAAGUUGAGGAAGAAAAAUCAAAUUUCUGGAGAUAAAGAUCAGGAGUCUCACACCGGGGAUUUUGUCCACUUCGCCUACACUGAUGAAGGAGAGGGAAACAGGGAAGAGACUUGGGACAGCUACCAGGCGUAAUGGAUUGUGGUAUAUGGAUCAUGAGGGGACUAAUGGUACAAUAUGCACUAUGCUGGCAACAAGAAUGGAAGAGAAGGAGGUUGCAGUGAUGCUCUUGCAUUGUAGAUUAGGGCAUCUUUCUUUUGAUAAGAUAUGCAAAGCUUUUCCUGAUGUAAUGAGUGGGGUGGAUAAAAGCAAGCUAUUGUGUGAUGCCUGUGAGUUUGCAAAACACACAAGGACAUCUUAUAUUAGUCGAGGUAUCAGGAGUAUAUCUCCUUUUGUGCUAGUUCAUUCUGAUGUUUGGACAUGUCCUGUGACUUCUAUUAAUGGGAUGAAGUACUUUGUUACUUU